AUAAUGUUUUCGGAGUGGUAUGCACGUGAAUUUAGUUUUUAAAUGGAGAUUGUAACGAACUAUUUUCGUUAUGCAACCAUUAACGUUUAAAUUUUAAAAUGCUACCGAUCGUCUUAAUUUUAUAAAAAAAUAUUUACGGCACCUCUUAAGAAGUAUUAUGUUAUGCGCACAAAUAUCAAUUUAAUUUUUUUUUGAGCAUAUUGUGUUAUUUUUACUCCCAAUAAAUAUGUAUUUUACACGUGUUGGUAGAUUUCUUAAAUUAAAACGCAGUUUAUCACAUAAAGAUGGUGCCAGUUAUGUUUUUGUUUCGACCAAAAACUUCUCAACCAGAGAACUUUUGAAUGAGGCGUAUUGUCGUACGAAGUUGAAAUGUAAAUCUAAAAAACUGCCUCAAGAUGUAAAUCCACAGGGUGUGUUUGCAUGCAAUGAACUAGAUUUAUCUGAGGUAAAAGUCUAUGGGUUUGAUUAUGAUUAUACCCUGGCUCAUUACAAACCAUCCCUGGAACAUUUGCUGUACAAUCUUGGAAGAGAUAUGCUGUUGGAAAAGUAUAAAUACCCAGCGGGAAUAUCAAAAUUAGAGUACAAGCCAAAUUUUGCAGUUCGUGGAUUGCACUAUGAUAUUGAAAAAGGUUUGCUCUUGAAACUUGACUCAUUUAUGCAAAUACAAUUUGGCGCUGUGUAUAGAGGUUUGACGCCUGUGUCUACUGAUGAAGUGCUACAAAUGUAUAGAAACAGAAUCAUACCAAUAGCUUAUGUUGAAGGAGAUACCAGAGCACAUAAGACCAAUAGGGCGAAAAUGGUACAUUUAGCCGAUUUAUUUUCUGUACCUGAAAUGGGAUUACUCUGUAAUGUGGCUGAAUACUUCAACAAGAACCACAUUGACUACCAUCCUGAAAUUCUCUUUUUGGAUGUAAAGAACUCUGUACAGAGCUGUCACCCCAUUAUGCACAAAAUUGUUGCCCAAAAUGUGGAAGAGUACAUCAGACCAAACUCGGACCUAAAGAAAUAUUUUCAACUUCUACAGGAGUGUGGAAAGAAGCUCUUCCUUGUCACAAACAGCCCUUUUCACUUUGUUAAUGCAGGGAUGGAGAUGCUCGUGGGCCACGAUUGGAGAGAAUAUUUCGAUGUAGUGAUAGUCAAUGCGAACAAGCCGAAAUUUUUCACCGAAGUCUCGCGACCGAUACGGGUUUUCGAUAAAAACGCUAACACACACAUUUGGGAAAAAGUGACAUCGUUAGAAAAAGGAAUUAUAUAUUACGAGGGUACAGUAAAACAGCUGCAGGACCUAACGGGAUGGAGUGGCCACCAGGUGUUGUACUUUGGUGACCACCCUUAUAGUGACUUGGCUGACGUCACUCUGGAACAUGGUUGGAGAACGGGAGCUAUUAUUAACGAAUUGACGCAUGAGAUAAACACGUUAAAUAUGGAAACAUUCAAGCAGAACGCCAAUUGGUUGCAAAUGUUGACGCAGCUCAUUGAAGACCAUCAAGAUUACAAAGACCCAGAAGCGGUUGAAGUUAUUGAAAAAUGGAUGGCGGAGAGGGACUUUCUCAGAAACGCAACGAAGUCUGUGUUCAACCCACAAUUCGGCAGUGUAUUCCGCACAUACCACAACCCCACCUAUUUCUCACGGCGUUUGUUCCGCUUCGCCGAUAUAUACACCUCGAAUAUAAGGAAUCUACUCAACUACUCGCUGACACACACAUUCUAUCCUCGACGUGGCGUCAUGCCACACGAAUAUGGCUCUUAUUUCGUAUAGAAUAAGAUACAACUGAGACAGUACAACGAACAGUAUAAUUUGCAUUAUGGACGCGCACAGUAUUUCUGAGAAUAUUCUAUUUAUAAUUAAGUGAACCUAUUAACACGGGUUUAGCCCCAAUAAGUGUAACAACGAAUCUAAACGUAUACUCUUUGUUGGUUUUUAUUUUUUAUGUCUACUUGUGUUAUUUAUAUUCAUAGGCUUUUUUUUAAAGUUGUGUAUUGAGUAAUGUAUAUAGUUUGUAAAAAUCAUGAAAGAAAGACAAAUGUUUUUAAUGAAGGAUCAUGUUAAUAUAAUUAAUAAGGGCCAAUAUGUUUUAAAACCUAAGAACGGAUUCUUGAUCAUUUUUAGUAGCAUAAAAAUUUUUAGUCAUCGAUUUAUAGUCUGGAAACCCGCCUCCAAAGUACGCCUAUUUGUAAUAUAAUUUUUAAUUUGUUUACAUCUCCUUACAAAUUGUAUAUUAAAAAAGAUAAAUUUGUGAUCCAUAUAUCAUGUCAUAACUGCUCAGAGAUUUUGAUUUUAUUUUUACUUUUUGCUUAUGCUUCCUAUUAAAUGCAUUUCCUAAACGCUUUUGUUAAUAAGUCUGUAAUACAUUAAAAAAUACAACAAUAUGACAAACAUGUGUAAAUAGGGAUUUGGCAUUAUUUGUUUUAUGUUUUAAUUAGUUUAUUGCUAAUCUGCCGGAAUUCUAGUCAGAUAUUGUUUAUCAGAAAACACAUAGAAUUAAGGAAACUGAAAUAACGAAACCUAAACAACAUAUCAGUAAUGUUUUUUUCAUGAAUCACUUUAAUAUAAUAGUGUUCUUCAUAUAAAUAUAAACCUCGUUAAAAUCUGUUGUUACGAUUUUUUUUAAUUGAAAGUUUUUGUAUCUCAGAAAAAAUUAUAUUGUAUUUUGUUUAAAGGCAUUUAUUUCGAAAAUAGUCGAUAUACGUGAAGUUUUUAAAGUCGGUGUAAAAUAUACAUUAAAUUUUAUCUUAUAGUUCAUUGUUGUCAAUCAUUGGUCAAUAUUAUAAAUAAUGAUCUUGCCGUUUAAUUUAGCAUAGUAUAUAUUAUAGUCUGUUGAUUUUUUAUAUAGAUUAGGAUUAUUUUUAGUAACAAUUGAUUAUACUCCAAUGUUAAUUAUUGCCACCAAUAAACAUGUACUGUAGCAAUUAUAUAUUUGUUACUAAUGAGUUUUAGUCAUCCACAGGUGUGCUUGUUUGAAACAUUAAAACUUGUGUUACAUACUUUUUAAUCAAUUUUUAGCCUAUUGCAAAUCUCUGUUAUAGAUCGUAGUUUAAUUGUGACCUUAGAUAACAUUAUUGUGCCAUCUAAUUAUACAAUAAAACAUUGCGUAUAAACA